AUUGGUAGGAUGUGAAAGUAAUAUAUGUAACGUACAGUAUAAGAAGGUAGAAGAUUUCAAAUCAAUAAGUAUGUUUCUGCGCAAAUAAUCUGCCGUUUUGAAGCACUUGCAAUUAUAUUUAUCUAAUAGGUAGUUAGUUGACAAAUGUAGAUAAAAAUCCAAAUAUAAUGAUAAGCAAUUGCGAUAAUAAUUAUUCAGUUUUAAACAAAGAUGAUAUAAAUCGUUGGAAUGACUCACGCUCCACGUCGUGUGAAACUGCGAGGAAUACUGUUCUGUAUUAUUGUUAUUUAUAGUGUCAUUUUAACAUUAAGCCAUAAUUCCAAUACGUGCCAGAACAGGACAGAGUCCAAACUAGUUUAUGUCGAAAAGGAAGUUAUUGGAGAGAAUCAAUUUUCCGCAAAAAUUGAUUGUAGACACACAUUUGAUCUGCGUGCUGGGCGAUGGGACAAUCAAAUUUUGUAUAAAUUGUUUGAUAAUGUAAUUACUGGAGAUCACUUUUACAAUUUGAGUACUACUUACAAAGUUAGCUUGGCUACUCAAAGUUCUCUAGAAAAAUUAUUUUCUCUUCAAGAAGUUGCUGCACAAUGGAGUGGUCCUAUAUCAGUUGCCAUUUAUUGUGCGGGAAAUGACGAAUUAAGUUUAGCCUUACUAUAUAUAACAUAUUUAAGAAAAUGUAACAUUAACGUUAGAAGAAAAAUCUCAUUUCACUUUGCUUUACCGAAGGACCGAAUGCCAACCGUUGUAGAAUACGACUUCAACUUCUUUUCAGACACAAACUGUGUACAUAAAGAUGACAUGUUAAAUAUUCUUUUAAAAAAAGUUACUGAAAGUACAAAGAAAUGGAGGACUACAAAUCCUUAUCCUCAAAACCAUAUGAGAAAUAUAGCGAGAAAAAACUGCGUUACACCGUACGUUUUUCUAACAGAUGUCGAUGUUAUACCUUGCAAUAAUAUGGCAGAAAAGUUGAAUAAAUUCCUUGAAACAGAUAAGUGCGACAAAUGUGGCUUUGUCAUUCCUACAUACGAAAUUGACAAUAGAGUGUCAUUUCCGGCUAAUAAAAGUGAAAUUGUACGCCUCUCUAAAAAGCAAUUGGCAAGACCUUUUCAUCAAAAGGUUUUUAUAUACAAUCAGUAUGCUACUAAUUUUUCAAGGUGGGAACAAGAUACGACAGAAGGAACAGUUCGCGUCAGUCAUCCUGUUACAAAUUUUGAAAUGUUUUACGAACCUUUUUAUGUUGCGAAAGACAGCGUGCCUCCACACGAUGAACGAUUUAUUGGCUAUGGCUUUACUAGAAAUACUCAGGUAUAUGAAAUGUACGUAGCGGGAUACAAAUUUCAAGUAGUGACGCCUAUAUUUGCAGUCCACUGGGGUCUUCAAGACCGCCGUGGUAGGCCUUAUUGGAGAGAAAAGCAAAAUUCGCACAACAAUAAACUAUUUCAGACGUUUAAAAAAGAACUUUUUGCACGAUAUCAAAAUGACCCACUACACCUAGUUAAUAGAAGUUUUAAGCAUUAACCAAUUUUUAAAACAGAUGCGUUACUUUCCUAUAAACAAUGUCUUUAGUAACAAUAAUAAAACUUUUUAUACGUG